AUGAAGAAGCCGCACGCUCAAGUUCACAUCAUGGUGGAUGAUCUGCUAAAUUCCAACAACCAUAACGAUAUUGGUUUAUCCAUGAGCGAUCGAUCCGAAAAUACGAAAUACAGCUUCAAGCGGAUGCGCCAUAUGACCCAAAAUUUACGAAUGUCUCCGUUACCAUAUUCGGGUUGUGAGACUGGAUUUCUAGCUCGUUCGGAAAAAUUACCAUCAACGGACGGUCCAAGCGGUGUGUGUGUGUGUGUGCUUCAGCUGGACCAGUGGUAG